AUCCUACCACAAGUCUCUCUGGGUGUGUUGUUGGGUUUUUAAGACUAGGAUAAGGGUAAGGAACUGGGCAGAGAAAGGACACACAACCACGGACAAUGAGGACUUUACUGGCGGUACUGGUGUUGGCUAUCUCAUCAGCAGCUUUAGAAGCAAAGCCUAAAACACGUUUCACACGCUACCGCUCAUGGAACUCACAAAUGUAUCCAGUGUGGAAAGAUGGGGACUCCCGAUACAGAGACUGUUGGACAGGUGGCGAAGUUACAUUCGAUGUGAAAAACGAUGCACCCACACUGAUUGGCUCAAAGGCAACCUUUAACAUCAACCUUCGCCUUCCGUCAAACCAGACAGUACGUCCUGAUGGACAGGUGGUGUGGGUGCGUAACUGCACUGUCAAUGGAACACAGUACCGUCAGGGCCAGGCUGUGUACCCCGACCAGGUCUCUGGUCAUUCAGGAGAGUACAGUGGUGUCUUCCCUGAUGGCACCCCCUUCACUGGGACAGCAGACAGGAAACCCCACUACGUGUUUGUGUGGAAGACAUGGGGACGUUACUGGCAGGUGGCAGGCGGGCCCUCCUCUUCUCUCACCAUCGGCACAGACAAUGUGCCCAUAGGCUCUUACAACAUGGAGGUGGUCAUCUACCACUGCCGUGGCAAGGACAAGUUCAUCCCUCUGGGCUACGCCUCCACAACCUUCUCCAUCACAGACCAGAUCCCCUUCACGGUGUCGCUAACCCAAAUUAACGAUGUGAACCAGGCUGACCAGAGCUUCAUCCAGAACCGGGCCAUUGUCUUCAGCAUCAGCCUCCAUGACCCCAGCCAGUACCUCAGCACCUCAGACGUCACCUUUAACUGGGACUUUGGUGACAACAGCGGCACCCUCAUCUCCAAGGAGCGCCAGGUCACACACAUGUACCUCACCGCUGGCACCUACAGGCCUCAGGUGGUCCUGAUGGCAAGCAUCCCCAACGGCUGUGACACGCCUGCAGACCCCACCACUGCUAACCCCACUGUAUUGGCCAGAGCCCCUGGCAUGGUUGUGGUGGUCUCUACUCCAGAGGCAGCUCCAGCUGACAUCGCCCUGGAUCUACUCGCCUCUGAUGUUGCCCCUGCUGAGGCUGCAGAUGCAGUUGCAGCCAAUGACACAGAUGCAGUCGAAGCCGAUGCCGCAGUCGAACCCGCGGACACAACCAAUGCCGCAGCCGAACCCACUGCCGAAGGCACAGCCUCAGAGGGAGUCGAGGCAGUUGCCACAGUGGCCCCUGCGACAGAGGAUGCCACCGUUGUCCCAGCAGCAGAAGAUCCAGUUGUUGUCUCGGCAACAGAGGACAAUGCCGCUGUCCCUGCAGUAGAAAACGACGCCACAGCAGAAAACACGGCUGCUCCAGGCGUUGAGGACCCCGCCGCUGUCCUGGCUGUGGAGGGAGCCACAACUGUCGCUCCAGCAACUGAAGAGGCAGUUGCUGAAACCUCAGUGGGAGAGGCUACGGCCGCAGAUGUGCCCGUCAUCGACACUGCUGCUUCAGUAGCUCCAGUUGCAGAGGGAGAGGAGGCUAUAGUGGACCUGAUGGCCACAGUCCUCCCAGAGAUCCCAGUCGUAGCCUCCGUUGCUGCCACGGCGGAGGAGGCCUUGGUUGCCGAUACUGGAGUGGAGGUUGCGGCUGCAACACAGGUGGCCCAGGCUGAGAUGGUGGCCCCUGCUGCUAACGUCAUUGUUCCUGCCGACACUGAGGCUGCCGCUGUGGUGGAGGUGGUGCCAGCUGAACCUGCUCUUGAGACCGAGGCAGCGCUGGAGGCAGAGGUCGUAGAGACUGUGAAUGAGGUUGCAGCUGACGAUACUGCCGCGCCAGCAGCAGAGGCUGAGAUAGAGUCAGGCACAGAGACACAGGUGGCUCUUGUUGUGGCUAAAAGGCAGGUUCCGGAACUUACAGCAACUGACAACUGUAUGAUAUACCGCUAUGGCUCCUUCUCGACCUCAGUGGAUGUCGUCCAGGGUAUUGAGAGUGUGGAGAUCACCCAGGUGGCCAACGUGGUGUCUCUGGCCACUGAGGUGGUGCAGAAUGCUGUGGACCUGACCAUCACCUGCCAGGGGAGCCUGCCCAAUGAAGUGUGCACCAUUAUCUCGGACGCAGACUGCAUCACCCCUGUGGAGACCGUUUGUAACAACGUGACACCCUCCCCAGAUUGUCAGAUGAUACUUCGACAGUUUUUCAACGAAUCUGGAGUGUUCUGCAUCAAUGUUUCCCUGACAAAUGAUGUUAGUCUGGCUGUGGCCAGUGCUAAAGUCAGUGUGACAGUGGGCUCCAACUCCUCCACAGCAGGCACUGUGGCCGCGGUUCUGGGUGUCUUGGUCCUUGUCUGUGUUGUUGGUGCCAUUGCUUUGACCUACAAGAGGUUUAAGCAGUAUCGCCCACUGAGGGAGGACUCCACAGGUGGCAGCAUGGGCAGCUCUGGAAUCACGUUUGUGCCGAUGCUGCUGUGGGAUCUUCUGAGCCAACAGACACCAGGAGAAAGAAGCCCACUGCUUCAGGGAAGCGUGGUGUGAACACUCAGAACCAUCUGCAAUGAUACAGCACAAACCCAUGCAUGUAAAUAUCACUCAGACACACACAUCCACUCAGCAUGCAUGUGUACCCAUAAAGACAGAUACUGUACACUUGCAGACUCAGACACACACACAGCCACCCUAAUGCGGAGACAAACUGCAACAAGAACAAGCAAUAUAAAGCAGUUGUUUUCUGUAUUGUUACACUGAAAGCAAAUUUAAUAAAAACGAUCGUGUAUUGCUAAUGUUUUUCAACAUAGAACAAAAAAGAAACCCCCAAAGGCAAAAUUAACGUUUGUUUCUGGCAUUGCAUUACUUGUGACAAAAUAUAAUAUUUAUUUUGACCCACAUACUUUUUUAUUUAAGAAAAACGGAUUAAAGUUGUCAAAAAUCUAAUAAUUGAUGCUGUACUUUUUGUGUACUUGUUACGCACUGUUCUUUAGAAUGUAAUCAUAACAAUGAAUGAUUGUCUUUUAAGCUUCCAACAUAUUAAUUUGCUUUGCUAACUGUUCUCAUUUGAAUUGCCAAUAACAUCACAGCAAUUUUGUUUUUAUAACAUAUUUAUUGUCCCCUCUAAAGGAAGUAUUUACAUUUCAGUGACGUAAGAAUUUUCAACUAUGCCUCAAAAUUAUAACGUUCCGAGUCCUAACUAAUCUUGCAUCCUUGAUUUUGUCCUCCAUGCCCUUACGAGUUGAGUGGUUUAUAUAUAUUAUAUAUAUAAAAAAGUAGCUUAUUGUUGAAAGGUAAAGUCUAUUCAACAUUUAACUGUUAUGGGUUUUUUCAUUACAUAGCUACGAAUAAAGAGAAGGAACCCAUUCCUGAAGUAGCACAGAGGUUUGGCCACAGGGUGUCAUGGUAGAAGUACUGUAACAUUAAAAGGGAUUGAUUGAAGUAUAAGGAAAAUGUAAGUAUUGAAAGGAAUUAGGUUAAAUCCAAGUAAGUUAAGGAAAAUUAUCUCAAGACUGAAUAGAGCUCUAAUUGUCAUCACAUUCAAUACUAAAGUGUCCUCUUCUUAAUGUAAACCAGUUGCUGUCCAAGGUAAGAUUAUAUGAUUUUUUUCAUGAAUCCUCAUUAA